UGUCACAGAGUUUGUAGCUGUUUCGUCUUUUAAAGAAAUCUAAAAUGGAUUCAUCAAAAGAAAGGCCGGACUCGGGUUACAUCACAUGCUCAGCUGAGACAAUCAUAAAAGCGCAAGAGCAUCAAAAAUACGAUGAUGGAAAUCCAUGCAAUGUAUAUGUGGAACUUAACUCCUCACAUUAUGACAAAAUAUCAGAUUCUGCGGUCAUUUUUGAAACAACCAAGUCAGAUAAUGAGUACGUGACGCCAGCUGAAAUCCAAGAUCCGGGAUACUCAAAAAUUAAUGAAAUCCCAGUACAUGUUGUUCGUCCUUUACAAAACGAAAGACCAAACAAGAAAAACACAUACAUGUAUAAACCGGAAACCGUUAAGUCGUUUCAUCAAUCGGAAGCAAAACCACCCCUUCCAAAGAGAAAUCCGUUGAAGUCCAAAAGAAGCAAGCGACCGUUUCUUAUUGGCUGUCUCUUCUUCUUCUUGAUUAUAAUAAUCUCCUCUCUGGUGACCGUGGUUGUUCUGUAUAUCAACAAAAAAGAUACACCUGAAGCCAAUGCAAACACACAGAUAUCUUCAACAGAUGCGAAAAAGAAUACAUCUAUGCCUACUACAAGAACAUCAAAGACAACAAUCUCAACAAUAACAGUACCGAUUACAAUGACAACAAAGCCAUCAAAAAUGACAACAACGACAUCAGCUUCAGACAUAUCGACUGUAGAUAAACACAAAGAUUGUAAGGAAAUAUACCAGCAAGGUUAUACUACAUCCGGGGUGUACACAAUUUACCCCUACCUCCCUGUUACCAGGCGAGUGGAGGUUUACUGUGAUAUGACAACCGAUGGAGGGGGAUGGACGGUGUUUCAACAUAGGAAAGAUGGAUCUGUUGAUUUUUAUUUGGAUUGGGUGGACUACAAAUCAGGGUUUGGAGAAUCAAAAGGAGAACACUGGCUGGGAAACGAGCACUUACAUCAGCUUACGAUGCUUGGUUCGUCUGAUUUCUAUGUUCGUUUAGAAAAAUUCAGCGGUGGCUGGUUCUACGCCAGAUAUAAUGAUUUCGUGAUUUCCAACGAAACUGAUGGUUAUAGAAUGAGACUAAGAAAUGGAUCAUAUCAGGGAAAUGCAGGGGAUUCCAUUGAAAGUCACGAAGCACCAACGAAUGGACGUAGAUUCAGCACACGUGACGUAGAUAAUGAUUCUGCAUCAAGAAGUUGUGCAGUAGCGCGCAAAGGUGCCUGGUGGCAUGGUGAAUGCACAUGGGCAAAUCUGAAUGGAAUAUACGGAAACGGAAGUUGCCUGCUAGCUGGGAAUUGUAAUUUUUGGUACUCAUUGACAAACAGUUUUAGUGGUGUAAAAACUUCCUUUAUGAUGGUUCGAAGAGUUUGAAUUGAAGACUGACAGAGACUUAAAAUAUCUGUAAUUGUUUUAUUGCUUAAGUUUAAUUAAUUUUGCUUUUCUCUUAUUUUCUUCUAAAAUCAUUAUGAUAAUCUUUGAAAGACUACAACAGCUCUACAUCAAAAUUGUAAUGAAUCAAAUAUUUUAUCUUUUAAAGUGUAAUUACACA